AUCAACUGUAUUAAUUGCAAAAAAAAAAAAUUCUAACAUUGUAGGCCUUUCCAUCGCCAAAUUAUGGCUAACCAUGGAAGUAAUGCAAUUUUUGUGUUGGCGUUGUGUUUCAUUUCAUUUGCCGACAACUCAACUGCGGAGUGGUUAACCCAUGGAAGAGACAUCAGCAACAGAAGGAGUGAGAUUGGAGGAAGUAUCAAUCCGAUCUCCGUUCGACUAGGGCUGUUGAGACAGAGAUGGAAAUUCUUGGCCGGAUUCGACAUAACGGCAACGCCGUCGGUGGCCAACGGUGUAGUCUACUUCCCGUCGUGGAACGGCAAUCUUUACGCCGUUAACGCUGCCAACGGGGCGCUGAUAUGGCAACGUAAUAUAGGGCAGUUGACAGGGAUACCUCCGACAGGAACAUCCGUCAACGUCACGGUGUCGCGUUCGACGCCUGUGGUGGCUGACGAUCUCCUCAUUGUUGGAAUCUAUGGCCCGGCCUACGUAGUCGCGGUCACGCGCUCCACGGGAACACUUGUCUGGUCUACUCGGGUCGAUCCGACCCCCUUGGCCCUCGUUACGGCAUCCGGAACAGUUUAUAGAGGUGGAUUUUAUGUGGGAGUAUCGUCUCUGGAAGUAACAUUACCGGCGUCGAGAUGUUGCACUUUCCGAGGAAGCCUAGUGAAGAUAGAUGUAAAAAGUGGAAAAAUAUUAUGGCAAACGUAUACCUUACCUGACAACGGCGGGAAACUAGGAGGAUAUGCCGGCGCUGCCAUUUGGGGCAGCAGCCCCUCCAUUGACACAAGGCGUGGCCUCGUGUACGUGGGAACUGGGCAACUGUAUAUUGCUCCGACUGAGGUUCUUCAGUGUCAAGCUAGGCAGAACAACAGAACGACGCCGCCGAGCAAGCCCGAUGAGUGCUUCGGGCCGGAUAUACAUUUUGAUUCAUUGAUGGCGUUUGAUUUGAAUAGUGGGAGAAUUGCAUGGGCUAGGCAACUGGGUGGUUAUGAUGUUUUCUACUUCACAUGUUUGGUCCCCAACAGCCCCGAUUGUCCGACCGGCCCCAACUUGGAUGCCGACUUUGGUGAGGCUCCGAUGCAGCUCACCAUUUUGUCCAAUGGAAGAUUGCGUGACGUUGUGGUCGCGGUUCAAAAAAGCGGCUUUGCUUGGGCUCUAGAUCGCGCCAAUGGUGACAUCGUGUGGUCCGUUAAAGCGGGCCCUGGAGGACUAGAAGGAGGAGGGGUGUGGGGUGCAGCUACCGAUGGAUCGCGCGUGUAUACGAAUAUAGUGAAUUCCAACAAUGAGCCCUUCACUCUGAAGCCGUCUACCCGAAACACCACGGCGGGUGGAUGGGUAGCGAUGGAUGCCAACACUGGGAAAAUCCUAUGGACCACGGCUAAUCCGAGCAACGAAACUGCCCACGGGCCAGUCACAAUUGUCAACGGAGUCCUAUUUGCAGGCUCGGUGGCACCAACAGGGCCCGUCUAUGCAAUGGAUGCAAGGACAGGGGCUAUAAUCUGGACAUUCGAGACGGGAGCCACCGUGUAUGGAGGAGCGUCAUCAAGCUACGGCUGCAUCUUCAUCGGGCACGGCUAUACAAUAGGUCUCGCGAGGUUCCACCCCACUUGGACCAGCGGCAAGUAUCUCUUUGCCUUGUGCAUUCCCUAAAGAAUUAGAAUUAGAUAAUAAAGGAUAAAGAAAAUAAAUACUCAAAAUAUAUGUGAGGCGGCGCCCGAAGUUCCCCCAAACACUUCACUAGGAAAUGGAACUGUUUUAUUACUUGUGAAGUAGUUUGAGGAAACUUCAGUCGAAACCACACCAAUCACCAAUCACAAUGUACUAUGUUGUUAUAAUAGUAAUACAAAUGACUCUUGUUGCCUAUAUUUAUAUA